AUGUACUUGGGAGCGCGCGCAAGUGGCGGCAACUCAGGCCGCCGCGGCGAUCGCCUCGGCCAUCGUAUCGACCCCACGCUGCUGCCCACCGUAUCGCUCCCUCAUUGGUGCGCUGCAAGUCUAAGAAACCGGUCAGGGGGAUUGCUGGGGACGGCUUUUUUGGGACGCGAUGGAACCCCUAUGGGGAUGAGCGUGGGAAUGGGAAUGGGCAGCGGCGCUGGCAGUGGUGGUGGUGCAGCAGGUGGCCUCAGCGCCGUCUCGGGCCUUGGGGGCAGCGACUCUGCCGCUGAUUCGCACGCCGGUCUCGACAACACCGGCCACUAUGAUAUCAAGGUGCUCCAACAGAAAGCCCAAAUGGCUGAGAUCAAGAGGACUCAGCAGGAAGAGGAGUUGCGAGAAAAUCAUCCCCUCUUUGAUCGUCCUCUUUUCACGCUUGGCCGACAGAGCCGACUGCGACGGUUUUGCAGCCUCGUCGUUAGAGCUCGACACAAGGCCUCCAGAUCGAGUAGCGGCAAUGACAGUAAUGGAGGCAGCAUUCAUAAGAUUCUGGGCUUCGUCACGUAUCUGGACUGGACGAUGCUAACGAUCACAAUUCUCUCUUGUAUUUCAAUGUCACUGGAGACGCCUCAUCGGCGCCUCAUGAAUGCGCCAGAGCUUAAGAUUGGCGAAUACAUUUUCUUUGUUGGAAUGACAAUUGAGCUUGCCCUAAAGAUUUUAGCUGAUGGCUUUAUCUUUACUCCAAAUGCGCUGCUAAGGGACUUCGGUGGAUUUUUGGAUAUUUUUACCUACAUUGUGAGCUUGACGUUUGUGAGCUACUUUAUGCGAGUGGAGAAGCUGGGACCGGGUUCGGUAGGCCAGCUCUUCAUGGUGUUGCGGUGCCUCAGGCCGCUACGCAUCUUCUGCCUCGUUCCACAGAUGCGACGAGUUGUCUAUGAACUGGUGCGUGGUUUCCGGGAGAUCCUCAUGGUUACAGUGCUUCUCGUGGUAUUCAUCUUCAUUUUCGCCGUCUAUGGAGUGCAUAUGUUCGGCGGACGUCUGGCCAUUUGCAAUGACCGAACAAUUACCCGCAAAGAGGAUUGCAAAGGCGUCUUCCACCGGGAGCUGUCUGUGACGCGGAUGAAGAGUUUCAAGGGAUCCGCACCGAAAUUCCUGGUUCCCCGAGUGUGGGCCAAUCCCCGGAACUUCAACUUCGACAACAUCGGAAAUGCUAUUCUAGCUCUCUUUGAGGUGCUUUCGUUGGAAGGAUGGGUGGAGAUCAGAGACGUGAUCAAAGCUCGUAUCGGUCCGACUCACGUCGUGUACAUUCACCUCUUCGUGUUUGUCGGCUGCCUAAUCGGACUAACGCUGUUUGUCGGUGUGGGUACUGCUUUGCUGACCGUUGACCAACGGCGUUGGCUGGAUUUAAAGGGAAGAAUCAAAUUAACCCAGCCCCUGCACAUACCACCCCGGCCAAAACUUCGGCCGGAGCCAGGUCAGAUGCCGAUAUCCAGCGAAACAACAUUUCUGCGAUUUAGGUGCCUGAUCUACGACAUCACACAGCACAUUGCCUUCAAAAGGGCCUUUGCUCUACUGGUUCUCUUCAACAGUGCUCUACUCUUCUUCCCUUUUAACGAGCGUGGAGCGGAGGCCAAUCCCUGGGUGAAGAUACGCUAUCGGGUGCAGGUCACAUUAGCCAUGAUAUUCACCUUCCUCUUCUGCGUGGAAUGUGUAAUGAAAAUAAUUGCACUCACUUUCAAUGGCUACUGGCAGUCAAAGCGAAACCGAUUUGAUAUGUUUGUCUCCACCCUCGGUCUCAUUUGGAUUGUUCUUCACUUCAGUCUACGUUCAACACCGGUCACUCUAAAAAUGCUCAUGCUCACUGUGACGAUGUCCAUCUACAAGUCGCUCUUCAUUUUGACAAGUAUGGUCGUCCUGAUGCUGGUUUAUGGCCUAAUGGGGGUCGUGCUUUUCGGCUCCGUGAAGUUCGGUGAUAAUCUUGGCCGUCAUGCCAACUUUCACAACGCCUUUCGAGCUAUCAUCCUGCUCUCUCGAAUCGUCACAGGAGAAGAUUGGAAUAAAAUUAUGCAUGACUGUAUGAUUCAACCACCUUUCUGCAUUGUGAAAGAAACCUUUUGGGAGACUAAUUGUGGCAAUGCACAGGCGUCUCUCGCCUACUUCUGCUCAUUCUACGUUAUCAUUACCUAUGUCAUGCUUAAUGUUCUUGUCGCCAUCAUCAUGGAAAACUUCUCGCUAUUCUACUCGAAUGACGAGGAUGCCAUAAUGAGCUACAAUGACAUACGCAACUUUCAACAAGCGUGGAAUAUCAUUGAUGUAAACCGAAAGGGUAUGGUAAAAGCUUAUUACGUUCGUUUCCUUCUUCGUCUCAUUCCUCGUGAAAGGGUUGGCUUCGACCUAUCCAAAAAGCGUGACAAGCAGCUGUUCAAAGAAAUGUGCUACGAGGUGGAAACUCUGCGUGGCGGUCGCGACAAAGAAGUCAGUUUCCACGAUGUCUUGAUGGUCCUUGCCUACCGGACGGUGGAUAUCACAAAGACACUCCAACUGGAGGAAUUGAUUGCACGCGAGGACCUAGAAUACGCCAUUGAGGAAGAAGUUGCAAGACAAACCAUUGCGACAUGGAUUGAACGCUGCAUAUUUAGAAAGCGUCAAAAACACGGUCAUCUUCAUUUUUCCAUGCACUCUGGAUCAGACCGUCCAACUAGCGGUCAGUCUUUUGAUGAUACAAAUAAGGAGAUCUCCACCCCGAAAGCUGACUUUGCCAAGUCUUCCAUUCGAACACGUCCAUCCAAAAUUAAAUUCAGCCGUGACGAACUCAAUGCUCGAACGGAGAGCGUCGACAUUCCCCCCUCGGCAUCAACAACUAAUCAGAGUCCCCCCACAACACCGACACUGCAACCGAUCCUCUCGCCUGUCGCGACCACCACCCGAGCUACCGAUACUGCGGUCGCACGAAUGGCGGGUUUCCAGGACACCUGCGAAGCGCGAGGACGCGUGAAUGGCCGUCUGGACACCAAGCCCCUGAAAUCUGAUACGCACAUCCCAGAUGGUUUGUUGUCAAACAGCAUCGGUAAUAAGGCGGGAGGAAGCAGUCUCCUGCCCCCGCCAGCCUCUCCUGCCUCACCUUCAUUGACUUUUGUUGAUUCGUGUACGAAAUCCAAGCAGGCAUCCUCGAACACGUCGAGCAUGAAUCCACCUGAAACGGAGCUUCACAAGGGGUUUAGGGUUGCCGGUUCCAGUGGCAACUUUUUACGACGUCGAAGCAUGCGGGCCUCAAAAACCCACACUUCGCUCUUCUCAGGUGUAGUCGAGGAUUCUGAUCAAUUACCGCGACUUUCAUUAUUUUCUGGCUCCGGAAUGCCAGCCAUUCAAGAGGCGGGUACGGGUCAAAUGAAGAAUUCGUCAAUCGAACUUAUCGAAUUAAACACUACCUCACCCAGCCUCUCGAUUCCUACCGGAGAUAAGCAGUUUCUUGAUUCAGGUGCUAGUUCCCUGUCGGAGCAGGCUGGUGAGAUUUUAGAAAAGUCUGGACAGAGUGAAAGCACUCGAAUCUCGCCAAGUUGUGAAAAGCGAUCUGCAGUGAAGAGUUUGACCGAUAAACACCCUGAAAUGACUGCUUUCACGCAGAACGUUCAAACUUCUUGCCAGGAUGUGAAGUCUUGGUGGAUGCAGCAAAUUCACCCUGAUCUGCCUCCAGCCACUACAACUUCCACCAACGAUAGUCUCGAAAAAAUUGCAGGGGGAGCGUGGGAUGGAAGUAUGGAAUCUUUCCUGCCAUCGGUGGUGGUAACAAGCCGGCAGCCUUUAGCGAGCCGCAUCCGUCGGAGAGCACAUUAUGAAGGGAGCAUUAACAAGAGACAAGAAUCUAUCUCCUUUGGAGGUGGAAAGAGACGAUUUCUUAAUGACCCUGUAGCAUAG